AUGACAAGGCUAACCAAGAAGCCACACUUCUCUGUCAAUCCAAUUAAGGUUUUCGGUCCACGAGCUUUCGAAUCCGAAGUAAAAAGCACUUUGAACACCUCUCCUGAAGUCUUCUACUCCAUUUUUAAGUUGAGAGAAGGUCAAACUGUCCCAGGAACCACUGGCGGAUUUAUCGACGUCAAAGAUGCUGCUCAUGUGUUGCUUUCGAGAAUAAGGAAGCUGUCUCCAAGAGAUUGA